CCCUGUGACGUUUGUUUCAAAUGAAAGACCUCCGUUUUCGUCCUUAAAGUGUUUGUCUCAGUCCAUCUGAAGCAGCAGAACCUCCGUAUCUGGAUGAAACCGACUGACUGGACCCUUUUCUGUUCACAUUCUGUGUCUUUUUUUUUUUCUUUUUUUUUUUAGUGUUUUGCUGAUUUAUCUCUUCUUAGCUCACUGAUGCUAAAGUUAGCUUAGCUCGCUAGCUGCUAACAGAUGUGUCUGUGUGUAAGGGCAGACAAACUAUCUUUCUGACCGAGUUUGUGUGAAGAAAAAAGUGAAAAAUGUCCCAUAAAAAGCAGAUUCUGAGAUCGUUGGUGGAGCAGAGACUAACUGCAGCUGCUGAAGAGAUAUUUGGGCUGUUUGAAAGAACCAUAGCAGAGUACGAGGAGGAACUUUGUCGAGCUAAAGAAGAAAACGAGAGACAAAAACAAAUACUGGACGAAGUUUGGAACCUGAAAGUCCUGACGAUUCCUGCAGGGCCUUCAGCAGAUGUUCAGCAGCCAUCGGAGGUUGGAGAAGAGGUUCCCCCUGAGCAGGACAACUGGAGCUUCAGUCUGGACCAGGAGGAACCAGAACCCCCACACAUUAAAGAAAAACAGGAGGAACUGUGGACCAAUCAGGAGGCUGAUUUCCCCAAUGUCCCCCCCACUCCAAUGUCUGUGAAGAGGGAAGAUGACGACAAAGAAGAAGCUCAGUCCUCGCUGCUUCUUUUAAGACAAUGUGAGGAAAAAACAAAGGAAAGAGAUGAAGAGGACACGGGAGGAUCAGGACCAAACUUUAACCAGAGUCGUAUCAGGGCCUUUAAUAGUAGAUCUCCUGGAAGCAGACCCUCAGACAUGGACGCUCAGACAGAAACCAGACUGGUUGAUUCUAAAUGUUUGGGUGAAUCCAACGCACCCAGAGACGAACCGAUGGGUACAAACUUUGCUCUCAGCGACGUCAAAUGCAAAUUAAGACCAUUUCAGUGUUCAGACUGUGGUAAAACAUUUGGUAGAAGGUCCGUUUUGAACGCACACAGGAACAUACACACAAGAGAGAAACAGUUCCCUUGUUCGGUGUGUAGGAAAAUCUUCGGCCGCAUGUCACACUUAAGAAGUCACAUGAAAAUCCACACUGGAGAAAAGUCUGAAAGUUGUCCAGUUUGUCAAAAGCGCUUUACGCAUAAAUGUGUGCUGAAGGUACAUAUGACGACUCACUCGCGAGAGAAAGCGUUUGCGUGUUCAGAAUGUGGUAAGACAUUUACUCAGAGAUCGAACGCAGUCCGGCACAUGAAAAGAAGCCACAUAAAAAAGGAACCUGUCAUCUGAUGAGUUUGGCAGAAGAGUCUUAAGCAAAAGCAUCAUUUUCAGAUGCACAUGUAGACCCAAACAGGAGAGGAAAUGUGUGUCGAUGGAAUUCACACGAGCAGGAAUUCAGAUGGAGACGAACAUGAACGAGCAAAUAGUGAUGAACGGACUGAAUGACGAACCUCUAACCCAGGGCUGUCCAACUCAUUUAGUUCAGGUUCCACAUUUAGCCCAAUGUGGUCUCAAGUGGGUCAGACCAGCAAGAUAGUGGCAUAGUAACCGAUAAUAAUGACUGUUUUAGUGAGAAAAAAGUCACAUUACAGUAUGAAAAUGUGAAUAACCUGAAAUACUAUGUACAACCUGAAAUUAUUUCAAAAAAAUAAGUGCAAUUUCAACAACAUUAUGUUUCAACUUAUUAUU